CUACCAUCCGAGGACGAGCUGGAGGCACUUUACAAGCUUGAGUUGAUGGAUCGGACAAGAGUCAGGACACCAUUCGCAGAUCUUGUCCGGUCGAAUGGAAGCACUAGAAAUAUUAUCGUCUUCAUUCGCCAUUUCUUCUGUCCAAACUGCUUCGGAUACGUCAAAGCUCUAGCCAACGAAAUGCCGCCGGAGAAGCUGGCACAGAUGGACCCACCAACCACCCUCACAAUCAUCGGCUGCGGCGACCCAAUCCUCAUUCAAAACUACAUGAAGAUGACAAACUGUCCAUUUGAUGUGUAUGCGGACCCGUCCCGAUUGACAUAUUCCACUCUUGGACUCUCCGUGAACGAGACAGCAGCCCCCGAAGUGCCACAAUACGUCAAGAAAUAUUCGACCACAUCCAUCAUCAAAGCAAUCUUGAUCAGUCUUGGUCUUGCCGCCAAAACGAAAAGUAUCUCUGCUGGAAAGAAGAGUCAGAAUGGCGGCGAGUUGAUCUGGGUCGACGGGAAGAUCCAGUAUAUCCACCGCAUGAAACAUACCAACGAUCAUCUGGAGGUGGAUCAGCUCGACUUCCUACUG